CCAGACCUAAAACUGUUAAUAAUGCUAAUAAUGUGACCACAGUAUCAAACAAUCAGGCUGAAACAUCAAGCUCAACCUCAACUUCGAAGGUAUUACCCAACGAUGAGGCUAAUAUACGAGGCGCAAGGCAUACCUCACAACAAACAAGAAGCUUGGCGCGCUCGAAUUCUCUUCCUGAUAAAAUUGGCACAAUUCCACCUAAGCCGUUUAUGCACCUUGUAACUGAAAAACACCACGUGAUGUCAACAAAGAAACCAGCUGAUAACGUAAACAAAACGGUGCUGCCGGAAAGUAAGCCACAAUGUGAACAAGUCCCUCGUGCAAACAAUACGUUCACCUCUCAAACUACUGCCCCCAUAUCUAAGGACAAUGUCGGAGGAUUGAUGCAGCAGCAUCAAUCAAAACCUCGACGUCCAGAGCACACGACACCCUCGUAUGCACAAGCAGCUAAAUCUACUUCCAAAGGCGCGGUUCCGGCUACAUCAAGUAAUCGCUUCCCGUCUAAAGGACUAAAAGGCAUGAGACACGAACGUUUCCGAAUGCUCUAUCUCGAAAACGUAGCGCAGGAUGACGGAGAGAACGACGACGAUACAAUUCAUCAAAUUCGGGCUCAUGCUCAUGUUACUGGCUUACGUAUAAUGCAAGUUAGUGUAAUUCACAAUAGAUAUGCCAUCGACAGAGUGGGCUGCAAGAUUGCUGUCUCAGAAUCUUCAGCAGAUAAAGCAUUAGAGCCAGUGUGUUGGCCAUAUCCCAUCACGUGUCGCGUUUGGGAACAGCGUAGUCGACGGGACACAGCAAAUGGCUACCAACAUCAACGCAAGUAUAUAUCUCAAUCGCGUGGUGGUAACUACGACGAUCCAGGACGCGAUGAAGAUUAUUAUGCUUAUCCACGAGACAACAACUAUGAUUGUUCAUGGGAGUAAAUCCAAUAAUUUUUCUUGUCAUUGUAUUUUUGUACUCUGUUGUUUCAUCUCUUACUCUACCUCCAAACAUGAGCACGCAGAAUCUUAGAAUUGCACAAUGGAACUUGAAUGGGGCUAAUACGUCUAAAUCAGCAUUACACGCAUUGCUUGAAAAUAAUGAUAUCAUUGCUGUUAGUGAACACAUGCUAUAUGAGUGCAACUUAAACCAAUUAAAUGUGAAC